CGGAAAUGAUUUAAUUUUUCCUCUCCAGAUUAAUCACUCCUCGUGCCCCUCGAAUUGUCUGUUCAGUUGAGGUGCGAAUCAUUCUAGGAUUCAAAUCCUAAAGUUUAACUCAGAUCGUCUAAGUCAACGCAAGAAAUACAGAAAAGGAGAGGAAGGCGGCAGCGGAUUUCACUGAGGAUUAUCUGAGGAUAACUUGUUCGUAUUUAUGCUACACAUAUUGUUGGAAAUAGCCAGUCCAUUCGCACUCGAGUCUGGGUAGAACUGCCAGUUUUCAGCGGUCUUAGUCAGCCGGCUACUUCAAGUGCGUUUAAUUCAUAACCCAGUUGUUAGAACGGAAGAUUACAGACCCUCACCUGACGAAGGAGUUCACCAUCAAGUGCUAUGGCCUCCCAAGUCCAUUAUUAUGUGCACUUGUGCGUUUUCUGUGCUAUGAUGAUGUGUUCGAGAUGCCACUCGACUGUAGCACAGAAACCUGACGACCUUCAUCCAAGUGGUGAACCCCAUGUUCCCCACGUAUCAGAUCAUCGUUUCUUUCUGCAAGAGAUUUUCACCAAGUAUGGCCACGAUGGGCAAAUGACCUUCGAAGGUUUCGAGCACCUUCUGGAGAGUUUGGGUUUAGGAAAUAUUAUCAUCAACGACCACGAUGUGAAGGCUCACAAAGAGGAAGCUUUUCGAAAUGCCCAUGACACUCACGAACACGCUAAAAAGGUCGACGUAUUCGACUUCACGAAAAAGAAGGAAAGCGAAGAAAAAGUGUCGUCUCAUUCCCAUAGACAUCCAAGCGAUCUACACGAUGAUCAAGGCCGCUACCACACAUCGCAGCAAAUGGCAUCUUCUACGACACGGAAGUCAGUUUCUUCGAAUGAAAGCCGAUAUCGUCAUUCAUCCAGAAACGCUUUACCUCCUGCACAAGGCAGCGAAAAGCUAACCACAGCCCAAACAGACUACCGUCCGAUGGAAACGCCCGAGAACAGGACGCAGGAUCAUUCUCUGCAUUCCUCGGAUAGCAUAUAUCAUUACCAUCUAAAGGAGGCGAAUAUUCCCGAAUUGCUCAUGAACAUAACUCAUUUGGUGGAUCAGCAUCAAGAACUCAAAGACGAAAGUCCGGAAGUAUUCAUUCAACAGUGUCUUAGCCCAAAGGAAAUCCUCGAAACCUUCGGAAUCGACUACAAAAGCAGUUUGAAUCCAGUAAGCUUUCUUCAUUUGUGUCCGGCCAUCAUUUACGAGUUGGACCAAAGGCACUGCAUGUUCCAAGACUAUUCGCACAAGAAGGUUAUAAACAUUGUCACCGUGGACCAGUGGUUGUAUUCCAGCGUGGCCGUGGUGGCUAUCAGCCUUUGCGGUUUGUUUAGCGUUGCAGUGAUUCCCAUUAUGCAGAAAUGGUUCUACCAAACACUUCUACAAUUCUUAGUGGGAUUAGCUAUAGGAAGUCUGUCGGGAGAUGCACUACUUCAUCUCAUGCCUCACGCGAUGCUUGGCGGCGAAGGAAGUCACGAUCACGAUAUUGCCUCAUCUCUCGAAGUGGCCGAGAAAACUGCUGUUUGGCGGGGUUUCACUGCACUUGGCGGAAUUCUCUUCUUUUUUGUCGCCGAAAAACUAUUAGCAUCUCUUACUGUUUACAGGAAGCAGAAGAAAGAUGCCAGUUCGACGAAAGCUGUUUCUCCCGUUCAAAGCGCUUUGCUAGAGGGAUCUGUGGGGCAAAAGCUAUCUCAGUAUAGGAAAAAUUCGUACGAUUAUCAAAAUAAAGAUGAGAUGAUAAAAAUGAUGCAGGUCGAUUCAUGCGCUCAGUCCCAUACCGGACAGGAUAUGACGUAUUCGGCUUCAUCAUGUCAUAGAGACCCAUUGGACUCUUUCGAUGUCGAAAUUUUGCAACCACGAGGUCAUGGGCAUAGCCACGACGUGCCACAUACCGUUACCGCUGUGGCAUGGAUGGUCAUAAUGGGAGAUGGCCUACAUAAUUUCUGUGAUGGACUGGCUAUAGGAGCUGCUUUUGCGUCUGGUGUCGAAGGAGGCAUCAGUACUACUGUUGCAGUGUUUUGCCACGAACUUCCCCAUGAGCUAGGCGAUUUUGCUAUGCUGCUCAAAACAGGCAUGAAAGUUAGGCAGGCAUUGUUGUACAAUAUUCUUUCGUCUAUACUGUGUUUCAUCGGCAUGGUAAUAGGAGUAUCCCUUGGAAAUGUACAUUCUGCAACCAGCUGGGUGUUCGCCGGCACAGCCGGAAUGUUCCUUUACAUAGCAUUGGUAGAUAUGUUACCAGAAUUAUCAUCUAGUUCGAGUAACUCAGGAUCUACAGUGCAACAAUUAGCGGUCCAAGUUUUAGGAAUAUGCACAGGCGUAAGCAUCAUGCUUCUGAUUGCCAACUAUGAGCAAGACCUUCAGACUCUCGUCAGUUGAUCAAAUCUACUCAAAUCAUUUACUUUAAAAGUUGUAAAUGAAACAUUUCCAGUAGAGUUUUCCCCUGAGCAUCAGCAUCUCAAAACGACUUUUAAAAAAUUCAUUUCUGUAGUUUGUUGUUCAUGAUGAACAAAUUUAUUGUAUAGUGAAACUAUUUUAAUGUAUACAUUUAUGGAGUCGGACUGAAAAAUGAUUCCAACCUCAGUUUAAACAUAA